AUGAUACACAAGAUUGGAUACUAUAAUCAUAUACCAUGGUUCAGUAAGCAGCAUAUCGGUGAUUGGGUGAUGUGCAUUGUCAUCUUCCUUACGGAAGCAGUGUUGUUCAAUUUCUUGAUACAACCAUACGAUAGAUAUAUGCCAGAUGGAUUCGCAUUCCAACUGAUUCAAUACCCAAUGAAGCCAGACAUCGUUCCAACAUGGGCGUUGAUGUUAAUCGCAUUUGGCAUACCAAUUCUUAUUUUCUCUGCAUUCUACUAUUCACAUCGUUGUCUCCAUGAUUUCCAUCAUGCAUGUCUCGGUUUAAUUCAAACAUUUACAAUGACAAUGUUAUUUACAGAUUUUCUAAAGGUUUUGGCAGGUCGCUAUAGACCAUCAUAUGGAGCCAGAUUCGAUACAGAAAAUAAAUCGUUGAUUCAUGAUGGUAGAAUGAGUUUCCCAUCGGGUCACUCAUCGAUUUCAUUUGCAACAAUGACAUUCCUUUCAUUGUAUCUCUGCGGUAAACUAAAGGUGUUCCGCAGAGAAGGUGCACCAACCUGGAAGAUUUUCAUCGUUCUUACACCCUACAUGUUAUCUGCAUUCGUUGCUGUUUCAAGAACCAUGGAUUAUCACCAUGAUUUUUCAGAUAUUUUAGGUGGAACUGUGAUUGGAUUGUGUAUGGGUGCAUUUUUAUAUAAAACCAACUUUAAUGCUCUGACAUCAAAGGAGUGCUCAUUACCAAAGAAUCGUAUCAAUCCACACUAUGCAAAGGAUGGACUGCUAUUUGCUGAGAAAGACGAUACUCUAUUAUCGAUAAAUGUACUCUGA